AGAUUUUCAUAAAAAAUCAGCUGCUAAAAAUCCUAAAAACCUCGUGAAAAUGUAAACCGUGCCAAAAAAUGUGGUAAAAAUCCGCUAGCUGCAAAAAUGUAGAAUUCUUAAAAUUUCUUAAAUACAGUGAUGGCCGAUACAACAGCAGCAGAGAGGCUGUGUUCGCUUAGUUUACAAAAUUCCUCAAAUCGCGAGGGUUUGCAGCGAUAAUUUAUGUUCCAUUUUUGUGUGUUUUUGGCCGCAACUGCUGCACGUGUGAAUGCCAGACAGGUACCCGCAACUCCCCCGUGCAGUCUUUAAUCACUCGUUAAUAUUUCCGUGCCGUCGUCCACGGGGUUUGCGCAACAAUUACGAGGCCGCGAAGGAUUAGAGAACCAAACGCGUAAUUCCAUCAGCAAUCCGUGCAUUCUUCUGCCCGCGUUCCGCCGCUGUGACUUGCGUUCUUUGUGCAGUGCGUGUCUUGUGCGUUUUUUCGUCGUCACCAGCCUCUUCAUAAACAUCACCUUUGUCGUCACAUUCCGAAGUCAGCUGCAAAAGUGAUGAGCCUGAGCUGAGUGGAGUUUGUUUUGUGCGAGUCCCUUUGCUAGAGUUGCCAAAGAGUUGCCGCGGUGGUUCGAUAGAAUCGAUUCCCGAUACCUUUGCUACCGUGUGUUUUGUAGUGUUUCCAAGAGUGGCGGCGCAAGAGUUUCCAAAACCCCGUUGGUUCAGUUGAGGUUGCUGUGAUGACUACAAGAUAACACGCAAGCAGUAGAAUCCUCUUGACGAAUCCAAGCAAGCUGUCGUCGGGUAGGAGAAAAUCUUGAGCAUCCCUACCAGCCGCCAGAUCAGAAUUCUGUGUCGCCGUUUCCGCGGCAUCGUGUUCAUGUUAUGUUUCGUAAGUCCGCCGGACUACCGCCGCCGUCGACGGAGGUGGUAGGCCACCCGCUGCAACAUUAGUAGCAACAACAGCAUUACAUAAGAAACUCGUUGGAUCUGCGGUUGCUGCACCUUUCUACGGUCCAGUUCGGUUCGUCACAGCCUCGACCGACACCGAGCUCACCUCGCUCUUCGACACCGCGAAAGCCCGGCGUACGGGUCGCGAGGGUCUCGCAGCACUUGUGCAGCCUGCAAUCAUGAAGUGCAAUCACCUGCACAACGUCUCGCAGCUCUCGUUGGCGGAGCUGUGCAAGCUCAAGCAGGAUGAACCAUGUACGGACUGUGACACCAAUGGGCCGAACCUUUGGAUAUGUUUGCAGAAAGGAUGCCUACACAUCGGGUGCUCGGAGCAGUACAAGGAUCACAGUACCAUUCACUUCCAGUCCAACCGCUCCCACUGCAUCCACAUGAAUCUUUCCUCCCAACGUGUCUGGUGCUACCUAUGCGAAUCGGAACUGUUUCUGGCUAAACAUCAACAGCAGCAACAGCAACAAAACUAUCACUACAGGCGAACUUCGGUCAUUAGUAACGAGUCUAGCGACACUAGCCGCUACUCAUCGUCUGUCAACACGGACAAGCUGAUUGUUCAUGCGGACAAGCUGGUGACGGCAGCAGCAGCGGCAGCGGCCGCUGCAGUACCGUACAAUACUACGGCGGAUUCCUGUGAUAGUAGCGGAGAUGAGGAUGAUUUCGAGCGGCACGAUAAAUGGAACGGCCUGGUGGGUCUUCAAAAUCUCGCCAACACGUGCUAUAUGAAUGCCGCCCUGCAAGCACUGAGCAACACCCCACCGUUGACGGGCUUUUUCCUUGAUUGUGGAUCGAUCCUGGAGACGGAUCUUCUCGGUAGCGCUAGUGGCAAUGCGGGUGGUGCUAGGCCAGGGCUCGCCAAGCACUACCAUAAGCUGAUCCGUGAGAUGUGGUGUAAGAAUCGGCGAUACGUGGUGCCCGGCGGCAUCCUGUGCGGCAUUCGUAUCGUGCAUCCAAUGUUCCGCGGUUAUCAGCAGCACGAUACGCAAGAAUUUUUGCGCUGUUUCAUGGACCAGUUGCAUGAAGAACUGAAGGAGACGACCUCUCCACCACCUCCCGAUGUGCUGACGUUUAGCCGUACGGAUGACGAUGGCGACGACGCUUCCGACGGUCGUGCGUCACCCUACUCGUCACCUUCUGCAUCGCAAUCGGAGGGCGAAUACGAAACGUGCGACAGUGGCGUUUCAGAGAGCUCCAGCCUUUCGGAUGACCAUCAAUUGCCCACUCUUCCAGCAGGUGCUCGCAAGAUGAACCAUUUGCGACUUCGAACCCUUUCCUCUCGCUCGGUCAGUCCACCGGCAGCCAACCAAAGAAGCAUAGCGAACGAAUCGCGUAACGGAGUGUCCCGCCAGCUGUCACCUGUCGGCAGUAGUCGAUCGAAUACGAGCAGCGUUUCCACACCCUCUGUCGGCGGGUCUGAAUCAGGUGCUGGACCUGGCAGUUCAAGUGGGCCGGGUGGUGGUGAUCCGUCGGAUAGUACCAGCACGAGUCAACCGAAGGAGAAACCGCAGCAACGGUCAAUCAUAAGUGACAUUUUCGAUGGAAAAUUGCUCUCCUCGGUGCAAUGUUUGACAUGCGAUCGAAUUUCUACCCGCGAGGAAACAUUUCAGGACCUCUCGUUGCCUAUCCCGGGAAAGGACCAUCUGACAGUGUUGCACCAAUCGCAAACUAUGUCCGGCUCCCCGCCCGCCGGUAUUAUCGGCAUUCCUGGUGCACCCGGCAGUGGCACCACGUCGGUUGGCAGCAGUGCUGCUAGUGGUAACGGUGGUAGCGGUGUUGGUAUUACGUGUUCCGAUACUGUUUAUCCAGUUGUUGGAGAUGGUGCUAGUUGGUUCUGGUGGCUCUGGAACUCGACGGUUUGGCACUGGGUACGUUCAUGGUUCUGGGGUCCUGCCGUUACCCUUCACGACUGUAUGGCGGCAUUCUUUAGCGCUGACGAGCUCAAGGGCGACAACAUGUACAGCUGUGAGCGCUGUAAAAAGCUACGUAACGGUGUCAAGUAUUCGAGAGUGUUAGCCCUCCCCGAGAUGUUGUGCGUUCAUUUGAAGCGUUUCCGGCAUGACUUAUCCUACAGUUCCAAGAUUUCCAGUGCGGUACACUUUCCACUGUACGGGCUUGAUAUGCGGCCGUACCUGCAUAAGGACUGCCGAUCCGAGGUAACGUCUUACGAUUUGUGUGCUGUGAUUUGCCAUCACGGCACGGUCGGCGGGGGGCACUACACCAGCUUCGCCAAGCACGAACCCACUGGGAAGUGGUUCGAGUUCGAUGAUCAGCUCGUGACGCAAGUAACGCCCGAGUACGUGCAGAGCUGCGAGGCGUACGUUUUGUUUUACCGCAAAAACAACACCAAGAUGGCACUGGUGCGAGCACAGGCCAGCCAUUUGCUCACGAUGCAAGAACAGGCAUCGGAUAUACGCUUCUAUGUGUCACGUAACUGGUUGCAUCGUUUCAAUACGUUCGCCGAACCGGGACCGAUCGAUAACUGGACGUUGUUGUGUCCGCACGGUGCAUUCCCGCCGAAUAAGGCGUCGCAUUUCUCUAAGCUCGUUGUGCCAUUCCCGCAGGCGCUGUGGGACUUUCUGUACAAAAAAUUCGGCGGUGGUCCCGUCUGCAAUCACAUCUUUCCGUGCCACAUCUGCAAGAAGGCGGCCGAAACACUGUCUCGCCGACAGCGCUACGAACUGGAAACGUUCACCGCAUACAACGACGAGUAUCAUUUCAACGAAACUCCGAAAACGAUCUACGCCAUCUCCAUGGCAUGGUUCCGGCAGUGGCAACUGUUUGCCCGUGGUUUAACGACUGACGAUCCUGGACCGAUCAACAAUCGAAGCAUCGCGAUCCCAGGCGAUACCAGUGUUCCGUUGCGCAACGUGCAACCGUUAUCGGAUUAUGCUCAGAUUAACGCAAAUCUGUGGCAUUUCUUCCAUGGCAUCUACGGGGGCGGACCGGAGAUAGUGCUGAAAGGAAAUCCCGUGCCACCGCCAACACCACAUCCGAUACCCGCGACAGUUGGUGAUACUAAGCAGAAAGUGAUUCAGAAAGAGGAACGUCCAGCUGAAGUGGUAGAUAAUGGUGGGCAGCAGGAAGAGGUGCAGGAAGUGGAAGAUGGACAGAAGCCACAACUGUUGACAGAUGUAAUCCCACCAACGAGCAGCGAUGCUUCUUCACAUAUGCAUCGAGAUACCGUCGUGGAAAUGAUCGUUACGGAGCCUACAUCGAAUGGUACGCUGCAUGGAACUACAAUGACGAAUGUCACGCGGCCACAGAAAAGCGUAUCAUUUGAAGAUAAUGAAGGUUAUCGGGAUAAGGGCAGUAGUGGUGAUGAGGAUGAGGUCGUGGAAGAGAAUGCUUCGGACCGUGUCACCAUACCCUUACCGGAGGUUCAACCAUCACUAGCAAUCACAAAUUACGUGGCUAAGCGUAAAGCGCACUCAUCGUCUCGAACAACGCGCAAGAGUUCAGCAGACGCAGUGACCAAACUUGGUGAUACAGCACCAGGAGUGGGAGGAGGAGCGGGAUCGAAACAUCGAAAGCAGCACCAUGGGCAUGCGGCUUCCGGGAACAAGCAAUCUGAUACGAGCGCCGUUCCGAUGAGCAACGGUAUCGACGCUGGACCAUCAUCAUCCACUGCUCUGGACCAUUUGGAAAUCGGAAGCAAAAAAGAUCGCCGCCAUAAGGGAGCCAUGAUGAAAGCCAAUGGAUUUUUCGGUCCAGAAGGCAAAUAUCAAAGCUCUUCAGUCGACUAUACCACCGGAACGCUAACAUCGGCUGACUCCACGGCCCUGUCUGCUGAUUCCAAUGGGUUGCCGCGAACGGAAACCUUCUCUCAUUAUCCCAUCGGCAGCGGUACGAAUGGACGCUUGGCUGCCGGUACUAGUGCUACCGGAAUAGCGACCUCUCGUUCUGUACCCAUGUUCACUGCUCAACAUUCUGAGUCGAUAGAAACACACCUCGACCAACCGGCAGUAGACAAUGACGAACAAAUGGGAGGUAGCGCUCUAUCGGAUGAGGAUACACGACAGGCUGGCGGUAGUAACACGUCGCAGACCCCUUCCCACGAUAGUUCGGGAGGGAUGGAUGAAGUAGUAGCUGGUAAGGCCGGCAGCGGCAUGUCUUUCGGUCGCCGUAAGCUGAAGAUGAAGUACAUGAAGAAGCUGGCGGCACGUGCUGGUGGUGGUAGUUCUCGUGCCUCACGUAACAACGUCGGCAACAACGUCGAAGGCAAGCGGGGCGAUGUCGAGGUAGGCAGUGGCGUGACGGUGAAUGGUGUCGCUGAACGUGAACGUAGUGAUAAAGUUAAAUGAGACAGGCAACAUCGUUUUCGUUUCCUCUCGUUUGGCUAGCAGGAACCUUAUUUUGAUCGAGCGCCGUUUGGUGCUUUUGCAAGGCGCCCGCCAUAACCAUAAGCUAAGCCGGUGAGGUAGAUGAAUAUCGGGGUAUUAUGUGUGCAAUUCUAAACUGAACGACGGUGAUAUAGCUGAUAUAAGACGAACAUUUUCGUUUCAACCUCUGUUGCUGUUGGUGAAGGGCGUUUCUUUUGUUGGUUGAGCAUUUCAUUUGCUUUUGCUGUGCUCGAAGGGUUGCUAAACAGCAGACAUACGGGUACGGGAUAGGAGUUGCUGUAAUACGUUGUAGCAUUGGAGGCCAUGGGAAAAACAAGGGUAAAAAAGGUGGAAUAACUGUGGGGAUUUUCUUUUUCCAGUGUCGAGCAAUGGAAUAAAGAAAUGGAACUACAGAACAGCAUCCAACAAUCUGCAGUGCGUUUGGAGUGUAACAUGUGUUCUUAGCUUUUAUUCCAACCCGCUCGAAUAGUCUUUUCUGGGUUAUCUGGGCUAUCUUUCAAAUGAUAAUUCGAGACAGAUCGUUUCUGAACCACAAAAGCCCUCAGGGCAAAACCGUUCGGGAAUUUGCGAAUGUAGUUAUCUUCAGUUGGAAUAUAGAGUGAUAUAGUAUCGAUAAUGAAGGGAUGGUAGGAAGAACAUAGGGCAGACCAGGAGAAUUGGGUGAGAUUUGUGUGAAGCCAAAAAUAGAUAAUUGGAAAUCGGAUGUUAUCGAUGCAUAAUAUAUUCCAAUCAUAUAUAACAAAACAUUGCUGAGGGCACUAGACGGGGCAACCUACCAAUCUCUUUAAGGCCUCCAGCGGUGAUGAUGAUGAUGCCGUUCGGUUCAUUUGCGUUUCCAUUUGUUGGAGAACCUCUUUGACAACAGUGUGUUAGUUGUCUGUUACGUUAAUUUAGUGUUGAGGGUUACAUGUUAACUAUGUAGUAAUAUCCCUUCCUUUUUAGUAUGUUUUUGUUCUGUUUUUUUUGUGAUCUUUGCAUCGGUUAUUCUGUUGGAAAGGGUUGGGGGACAUGCGUGGGGUAUCUGUUCCUUUUUCAUUCGCUCUUCAAGCAGUAAGUUCGAGUUAAACUAUACAGCGAUCGAAAUCAUCCGUGUUAAUUGUUUUGUUUGAGGCAUGAGAAGGGUGAUCAUGAAUUCCUUUUGAAGUUAUACGCAGUGGUUCGAAUGGUAAGGGGAAGGUCUUACGUAGUAUGUAAGAGAUAGCGCGAGAGGCCGAACAUGGACCAAAAGUUGUGAAUGUGUUUUUGGCAACUGUAAAUCAACGAUAGGGAUAAAAUGCGAUGACGAAGGAUAGAGCAUUGUAACAAUUGAACACACCGAGCACACACGUGACUCACGCAUCGAUACUUUACAACAAAUGCUGUUUGCCAGGUGAUACCAGCCUGUCUACCACCAAGCGAGCAAUUCACCUCUCUUGCUUCAGUUUCACUCUUCGAUUCGCAGAUAAUAUUAAUAAAAGUAAAACAGCUCCAAACGACAGUUUACCAAAAAUUCCAAAGAAAAAAAAAAAACAAAACAGAAGAAACAGAUUUUAAAACCGCUUCGUUUGAUUUAUUCCGAAAUCAACCAUGGUCAACCGAGGACGAUAGCAUGUGAUGGAUUUUUGCCGAGUAACGAGAUAACGAGAGUACAUAAUUGACAUUAUGCUGUAGCAUCGCGGAUAUGUUUCAAUUGCA